AGUGGCCUAGUCGUGCAUGUGUUUAUAGUUUGCGAAUAUCAAGCAUUGGCUUGUUUGUAUUGGUUAGUGCGUGCGCGUGUGGAAUGAAGCGACACGCUGACGCGAAUAGUUGCGGGCGGCGCGACUGCUGCCUGCCUUCUCUGUUCGACUCGGGCGGGCGCCUCGGCUUCGGGCAGUUCUCGACAGCACGUCAAGCGGUUCGGAGCUCGCUUUGGCGAGGCCGACAUACGAUACAAUAUAGUAAACAGUGAACGUCAAAGUGCGACUAAUGCACCUUAUCUCAUCAGAUAAUAGUGCAAAUUAGUGUGUUUCACCUCUAUUCGGAUUACAUGUGGUUUACUUUUGGAUUUUGUGACCGUACAGCGCUUUCAGGCGUUGUUUCUACAUGGCCAUGGGCUCGCAUUUCCAUUCGAAGGGACCUCUGCGAUCCUGACAUAAAAAAUAUAGAUUCAACUCAUUGGCAAGGAAAGCCACUUACCGCCGACACAGCAAGCCAGAGAUAAGCAUCUAAAUUGAAACGUUUUAGUGGACAUUAUACUGUGAUUAUUGUGAGACAUUGUGUGCGACAAACAAGUGCAAUAUACUGUUAGUGCAAUCGUACUGUUGACUACAAGUGAAGUGUUUAGACUUGUUGUUACGUUCAAGUGAAAUUUUAGUCGAACAAUGGAGCGUGAAUCGAAUCCAAUGGAGGCUUUGUGCCGCUCAGGCUGCGGGUUUUAUGGCAACCCAUCCACAGACGGCCUCUGCUCAGUUUGCUUUAAGGAGGCGCUGAAGAAGAAACAGCAGCCACCAGCGACGACGCCGUCGCCGGUGUCAGCGCCGUUCGUGCCGGCCGCGCCGACGCCGCUGGCGGCCGCCGCGCCCACCGUGCCGACGCUGCCCGCACAGCAAACACAUACAGACAAAUUGGAGGAGGAGAGCGGAGCGGGCACCAGUGGCGCGAGCACCGGCACCUCAGACACCGACGCUGACGACAAGGACCCUGGCAAGGACAAGAAGAAAAAGAACCGGUGCGCAGUAUGCCGCAAGAAGGUUGGACUCACAGGGUUCGAGUGCCGCUGCGGGGGGCUGUUCUGCGCGGUGCACCGGUACAGCGACAAGCACGAGUGCUCGUUCGACUACCGGGAGCUCGGCGCGCAGGAGAUUCGCCGCAACAACCCCGUCGUCGUCUCCCAGAAGAUACACAAGAUAUGAGCUCUCCCGCCCACUCGAUACAUCAUCACCGCACCGCAUACAUACCUUUUAUGAUUUUCUCUAAAUAAACAUUGGAUCGAGUUUGUGUUUCUUAUUUGCUUUUGUUGUUGUAAACUUUGACAAGCUACAUCGAACUAAUUCAGUUCACUGACAAUUUACGAUAAUUACAACCGAGUCUUCUUUUGGACAGAGAUAUAUUUUUGCGUAUCGUUGUGCUAAUGUUAUAAAUCGGAAUCGCAGACUCGAUCUAACGUGUAUAUAGAUUUUUAUUUGUGGCAAGUUUUCCUUUUAAAUUUUUAUUAAAAAUUGUAGAUAUGUUCGUUUUGGGUAGGCAUUUCAGGAUUGAUUUUUGAAAUAAUAAGUAUGUAGAGUUUUGAAUAUUGUCCAUUCACCUCCAUUGUAAAUAUUAGAUAUAAUUAAUUAUAGAAAGAAAUCCUAUAUAUUGUAAAAAAAUAAAACUCCAAAAAAAGCUACAUUGUUAUGACUCUAACGGGGAGUAUAGCGUGCUUAACUCAUCGAGGUAACAAUUGUAAGCUGAAGCUCAACGAGUGGGGCGCGUCCGGGCGGCCGCCCUCCGCACCUCCGUGUUGUUUGCCUACAUGGAAACUGUACACAAGUUGCGCUGCCCACUGACGCGUGUAUCGAGGGACAUUGAAUUGGUGACAAUGAUGCUUGGUGGGACUGUGAACGUGGCGUUACUGUGCUAGAGAACGAUUUGUUCGCGAGUGUGGCUUGAGCAGCGAGCAGCGAGCUGCGAGGAGCCCGGCGGCCGGGCGUCGCUGGCGCCGCGCCCGCGCACACGCCGCUGGACUAUGAUUAACAUCACCUUGAAAUCGUUAGUACUGUAAUUUUGGUUUGGGAAGUCGUCGCUUUCUUAUUUGUCUAACAUUCGGCAUAAGUGACCCUAGUGUUUAGAGAGAUUGUGGUGUGUAUCGGCAUUAAGGUGAGCGUGCGGCCCGAACGGGUGGGGCGUGUUUGCGGUCGCGUGGUCUUAAGGUCACGUCAGAGAAGACCUUACGUGCAGACUGUAAUCAUUGCAGCCAGUGAUGAGAAUGUGGUUAGCCGUCAUAUAGAAACUAUGAACUGGACAUCGUCAAAGAAGCAUUUUGUUUUUAUAUGAUGAUCACUAACGCCCUCACUGGCUGUACUGGCUAAAGCUUGCACCGUAUGCGUAGAUCGUCGGUGAUCGCGCGAUCGCAGGCACGCCUAGCCCGCUCCCCCCCUCUCCGCUCUUUGUGUGAAAAUUUAAAGUAAGCAUAUGAAUAGUUAUAAAUAUUAUAAGUAGUCGACACUUUAUAUUAUUACACAUUAUAUAAGUAGAAAAGAAUUAUUUAGCUUUUUUCUUUUAAUCACAAUAUUAUUCAAAAUUGUAAGUUGUAUUAUGUAACUUGUUCAUUUUAGUGGUUGAAGUUGAGACAUUGAUACCUAUGUAUUGCUUCGUUCGACGUCCACGAUAGACUAACUGAUUGAUUGGACUUAAUUAUUUAAUGACUUUUGUUGUAUAUUUUGUUAGGUCAUUGAUUAAUUUUGGUCUUUUUGCUUGAACAUAAUCGAAAAAAAUGAUAAUGUUAAUAAUGAUUGAUUUUUCUUCUAUCUUACUGUUUUAAUUUAGUUAUUCUUCUAUUAAAGUCAUUAAAUUUUCAGGAACAUAUGUAUUGUUAUUGUUAUUUUUUACCCACGGUUACGUUUAAAGGAAAUUGAGUAAGCAAAAGGAGAUAUUUAAAAAUAUUAUUUAUUUCCCAACAGUAAUAGAAUUAUAAAAUUAAAUCUAAUUAUAAUUUGAGAAAGUUCUUAAGAUUAUUGUUUAUCACAAAUUGAAUAUCGUCAAAUCGCUCACGAUAUCAUUAGUGUAGUGUAGUCACAUUGAGAGCUUAUGUUGCAUAUGGCACACUUUGAUAUUUAUUACUGUCCCGUACAUAACUUUUACAAAAUAACCAAUAAAUAUUUCGAGGAGUCGUUGGAAAAUGUAUUUAGUACAUUUCUAACUAUAUGGGCUAAAAUAUAUAUAAAAUUAAUAUGUACGAUCUUUGGCACACAUCUAGUAUACCAUAAAAGAUAAUAGAAUGUACAAAUAAGACCCUGAUUUUGUUAAACUUAAUAUACAUAUAACAUAAUAAAUUUACCAUAAUAAUUUUUGAUUUUUUAAAAAAAAAACCCCGUUAUACAUCAGACUUACUUCAUUAACUGUACUUCAGUUUUUUUUUUUUUUUUUUUAUUAUU